AUGCCAGCCUACCACUCCAUCUUCCUGGAGGACCGCGAUGUCCCCGGAACUUUCCUAUCCUACCCCUCCGCACUCGCACCCGCGGUCCUGCAUACACUCUACCCACCCUUCCCCCCUAACACUGCCGACAUCGACGUCGCCCCCGACAGCGAGUCCUACGACUGUGUUGACGAGAUUCUGUCCUUGUUCCGCGCCAAUGUGCUCUUCCGCAAUUUCGAGAUCAAUGGCCCUGCCGACCGCAUGCUCAUUUAUGGCACUCUGUUUGUCAGCGAGUGCCUCGGGAAGGUCAAGCCGACAAUGACUGCCCGUGAUGCUGAGAAGGCUCUCAUCAAUGCCGCCCUCGAAAACUUCGCCAUCCCCGGCGAUGUCUCCUUCCCUCUCAACCAGGCCUUUGAGCCCCCACGCGACCGCCAGGAUGCGGAAAGUCUCCGACAAUACAUUUCGCAGGUGCGACAGGAAACCGCCGUGCGACUACACGCCAGAUUAUACCCCGGUGGAGAAGGACCUUCGAAGUUUUGGCUCAGCUUCACAAAGCGAAAGUUCAUGGGAAAGAGCCUGUAA